AUGCUUCGCUUCUUCUCUCGCAGCAGCGAGAAAUGCGAUGGCAGCUCAAGUGUCGACUUGAAAAGCACAGGCUACGGUUCCCCUAUAGUGACUUCCAUCACGACUCCGUCUACAUCCAACCACCGUCGCAACGGCUCCCAGAACACCUCCACGAAGCGUACCGGCUUCUCCUUCAACUCCCUCCGCGGCAACGUCCAGCCCGAGCUCUCGCGCAAGCUCUACCGCAUCAUCAAGAGCGAGAACAACCUCAUCACCGCCCACGAGACGGCCGGUCGCGAGCGCAUCUCUAUCGCCACCCAGCUGUCCGAGUGGGGCGAGCAGACCAACGAUGCCGCCGUUUCUGACGUCUCAGACAAGGUCGGCGUCAUCCUGAGCGAGCUCGGCGAGCAGGAGGACCAGUAUGCCCACUCCCUCGACGAUGCACGUGGCGUGCUGAAGCACAUCCGCAAUACGGAGAAGAGCGUGCAGCCAAGCCGCGAUGGCAAGGAUAAGAUUGCCGACGAGAUUGCGAAAUUGAAGAUGAAGGAGCCCCAGAGUGCUAGGCUUGUUGUGCUCGAGCAGGAGCUGGUUCGCGCCGAGGCCGAGAACUUGGUUGCGGAGGCCCAACUGACGAAUAUCACUCGCCAGAAGCUCAAGGAGGCUUACGAAGCCGAGUUUGCCGCAACCAUUGAGCGAGCCGAGAAGCAGAUCAUCCUCGCCAAGCACGGUCGAAGACUCUUGCAACUCCUCGACGACUCCCCUGUCGUUCCAGGCGAUAUGCGUCCGGCCUAUCACCAUGCUCAACAGGCACGGCAGAUUCUCAACGAUGCGGAGGACGACCUGCGUGACUGGCGUCCAGAGCAGGAUGACUACGCUGUCGACCCAUCCGACUCUGUGUCCAACACUAAGGGAAAGCAGAGCUUGGUACACGACGAUGACGCCAACAUUGUUGCUGGCUCAGUGCCUGGGAAUAGGACGGUUCAGGAGAGCGAUGAUGCUAGUGUUGUGAGCAACGGAACGAGACAGAGCGAGGCGUUGGCGGCUCAUUAG